CUUCGGUUUCACCCAGUUGCAAACAGAAGGGGAACAGCGUUCAUUCAACGCCACGCUUGGCGGCGAGCAGAGCGUAGAGGCCAGGUGAAGGCGGCGCUAAGGCUGGCGGCAACUGAGGGCUUGAGGGCGCGUUACCCUUCUUCGUUCGGACGCCGCGGCUCCUCCUGAUCGCCUUGCGAAUCGGGGACUCGGCUGAGAGGCCGAGAAGAGCCGGGGAGGUUCGUUGGCAGCGGGAGGAACAGCCGCCAGCAGCUGCCGUCCUCUCUCCUCGCAUCCCAGCAUAGCCGCAAAGGAAGAUCCAGAGCGAAGCAUGGAUGGCGUUGAGAUCCCGGACGCAGCUCCUGCCUCCUCCUCCUCCUCCUCCUCUUCCCCCGAGUCCUCCGAGGAGCUCAGUUCUGCCCUGACCAUGACCAAGGGGCUCUCCAUCUUCCUGGAUAUUCUGAGAAGAGCAGAUAAAAAUGAUGAUGGCAAAUUGUCCUUUGAUGAAUUUAAGGCUUACUUUGCGGAUGGAAUCCUGAGCAUAGAGGAGCUUCACCAACUGUUUCAGAAGAUUGACAUACACAAUACAGACAACUUGGAAACUGGAGAAUUCUUUGAAUAUUUUUCCCAGCAUCUGGGAGCUUAUGAAAGUGUCCUAUCUGCUUUGGAGGAUCUCAAUGUAGCCAUACUGAAGGCAAUGGAUACUACAAAGAAAAAUUAUCAAGAGGCUUCUACGUUGGAACAGUUUGUGACUCGCUUCUUGUUAAAAGAAACCCUGAAUCAACUACAGUCUCUACAUAAUUCCAUGGAAUGUGCCAUAGAAACCACAGAAGAACAAACCCACCAAGAGCAACAAGUUCCAAAGAAGCCAGAGGUGCUCAAAAUACAACACCCAGGAAGACGUUCAGGUCGAAGGGUCCAGAGAAAUAAUAGUUUUUCUCCAGUUAGUCCUCUUUUGAACCCAGGUUUGCACAAGGAGGACAACCAGUGGAUGAGCCAAAUAAACAGACUUCAGAAGCUGAUUGAUAAGCUAGAACAGAAGGUGUGCAUGAAAACUUCAUUACCUCCCUCUUUGCUACUGGAAGCUUCUGACCUAAAGCUCGAGCCACUAGAAGAGGAUGUUUCAGAAGGAAAUACUAAAUCUCAAAUAAUGAUUGUUCAACGUGAGAUGUCAGUAAUCACAGAACAACUAGAGUCGUUCCGCUUUGCUCUAAAGCAGUAUGUAGAUAUGGCCUCUUCUCAGGAUGGAUGUCUGCAUGUUUCUAUCCAGAAACUUUCAGGCAAAUCCUGUUUCAUUGUUUAUGAAUUUUGGGAAAAUAACGCCUGGAACAGCCAUCUCCAGAUGAAUUAUAGCAAGUCAUUCCAAAGAAGUAAUGUAGAUUGCCUGGAGACUCCAGAACACAUUACAACUAUGCUUGUUCCUGCUUCUUGGUGCAUCCUGAACAACUAGAAGUACAUACUUCUUAAAAGUAGGCUCUACAUUAAACAGCACCUAGAGAACAAUCAAUCUCUGAAGCUAGCAAAUCAUGACUAUUCUUUCAUGGACAAUUCUUCCAUUUAAAAACAAAUCUAUGUUGUAAAAUUUGUUGUGAUUAAUAUUUUAUGAAAUGAUACAAAUUCAUUUAAAUUUCAUGGUUCUUUUUUAAAUAUACAGUAGUGGCCAAAAUUGUGGAAACCUUUUGGGAAAAGUGUAUUUUCUAAAACUGGCUAAUAACACCACUUUUUUGGAGUAGUACCAUAAAAUUAUAUAUCAAUGGAAAGAUAAUUUAAUCAAGAAUGUAAUGCAAUAACUUUUAUGAAGGAUUUGCUAUUAGAAUAGCAGUUACAGUAUAAAGAAGAAAAGUGAAACACGUAGAAAAAAUGAGAUAUACAAAAAUUAUCACGUCACUUAGUUGGGUAACCUUUAGCAUGAAUUAUGGCCUUACGUCUUCCCACAGAGUGAACCAAGUCUUUUAGUACUGCAGCUGUUAUGUGAAACCAAGAUUGAAUGAUUGCUUCUAUUAACUGGGUUUUAUUGCUGGGUUGCUACUGACUAACAAGUUUCUUUAGUCGGCUCCAUAGAUUUUCAAUUGGGUUAAGGUCUGGGCUAUUUCCAGGCUAUUCCAGCAGAGGAAUAUGAUUAUCUUGAAACUCCCCCCCCCCAAAAAAGUGGUAUUAUUAGCCACCAAAUUUCAAAAAUACACUUUUCCCAAAGGGUUUCCACAAUUUUGGCCACUACUGUAGUAUUGUGUUGCUUGUGUUUACUAUGUGCAUUUGUCUUUUCAUUUUGCUUGUGUUUACUAUGUGCAUUUGUCUUCAGUUCCCUGAAAAUUCAUUUCUACCAUCGUUUGAAAUUGUUCUGUGUUUACUAAAUUAGUGUAGUGAUGUUAGUUAGAAAAAGACUUGUGAAGAAACUAAAAUAUUUUACUGUUUUAUAUUUACAGUAAUAGAAAAAGUUUCAUUAUAUUAUGUUUAUAAAUAAAUCUAUAAGGAAUAGUCAUGUUACCAUUAGACAGAGUAUGAAUACAUAUCUUUGUAUGGAGAUGACGCCAUGUUUUGGGCUGAAAACUUGAAUAAUUUGCAAUGAAGUUAAACUAUAUGAUGCAACAGGGAUCAUGGACCUGAAAAGUAAUCUAUUAAAAACUAAGAUAGCUAUGUUUGAUAAAGAAAAUAAAUCUGAAGUCAGAACCUCAAAAGGAGACAGGAAGACACUGUAUGGACAUUGCAUAAAACAAGAAAAGUUUGCAAAGACAAGCAUGGAAAGAUAUUGAUAUUGAUGUCAACUAGAAUUAGCGGUUUCUUUUUCUUAUCACAUGUCUUUAAUUUCUUUGUCUUGUUGUGUUUUAAUUUUUUUAGGCUUAUUGUAUUUACUCCCUUUUCAUACUUUAUUUUGAAAGUCUGAUAAAUAUAGAUGUAUGUAAACUUUCAAAUGCUGCUCUAAGUGAAAGCAAGUAUCUUUACACAGCAACUAAAAAAAAUCUUCACAAAAGCAAAUAUCAUUCCACAUUUACAUUCAUAACACCAGUAACACAAGGUUCAAUGUUCAUCAGAAAAACAUUACAAAUGUAACAUAUUUGCAGAAUUUGGAAAUUUGAAAGAAACAAAAUACAACGGUAAUUGAUUAGCAGUAUUAGAAGGACCAUUGUACUAGAGGACUAGAUGUAUCUUUGAAUCCAAAAUCUUGUUAACUAUUUAGAUGCUAUCAGAUGAAAAAAAAGUGAAACCCAAUUUGAUCUAGUAGUUCUAAAGCUUAAGCAUCAGCUAGAAACGAGAAAACUGAGUUCUAAUCCCGCCUUAAAUAUAAAAACUGGCUGUAUGACUUUGAUCCAGUUAUUCUCUCUCAGCCCAUGACAUCAGGCUCUGGUGGCAAAUCAAUUCAUCAAUUCCUAUUACAAACAAAUUGAUCAAUACUUGGUUGAUCUGAAAAACAGUAGACCUUGUAGUUGUGGGAAAAUGCUAGGAAAAAAUGUGGAAAAGAGUGUAUAGCAAAAUCUGGGAAAGAGAGGAAAAUGACAGAUGUAGAGACCAAAUUAUUAACACAUAACCAAUACCUUAUACUUAAAAUAUUUUUAAAAAACUUUCCAAAAUGACAUAGCACCUAAAUCCUAAUAAUUGAAUUGAAAGUUUUAAACAUUUAAGAAAAAGACAAAUAGCAAUAGCACUUAGAUUUAUAGACCGCUUCAUAGUGCUUUACAGCCCUCUCUAAUUGGUUUACAGAGUUAGCACAAUUGCCCCCCAACAAUCUAGGCCCUCAGUUUACUGACCUCGGAAGAAUGGAAGGUUGAGUCAACCUUGAGCCAUUCAGGAUUAAACUCCUGGAAUGAGCAGUGAGUUAGCCUGCAGUACGGCAUUCUAACCACUGCGUCACCAUGGCAUUUGUAAUAUACAGAAUAAUCCCACACAAGGAUUGCCUGUUUACAGCUAAUUAAAUUGGGACUAAGGAUAUGGGGCAAUCUACAUCUUUUGAUGGUCAUGUUUUGCUACUUACUACUUAAAUGUUUGGCAUGAAAAUCUUCAAAGAUUCCAGUGGUCAUACCAUUUUUUGUACAUAUUGAUGUUAAAAGAUUCUACAAUCUAGCAAGAAGAUUGGUACAUGGAAAAAGAAGUUACGUGUGUGUCCAUGUUCUCCAGCUCAAUUUAGUUUAUGAUAUGAGUUGGCAUCUAGUCAAAAUGCAAACAGCCACAAGAUAUGAGCAGUUUAUAGCAGUUAAGACAUAUGGUAUAUUCCCAAUAUUUGGAAUUUUGCUAGAAUAAAAGGUGAGGAAUGAAUGUCACACUUGUUAAGAUCUGCAACUUAUUUUCAUAUGUAGCAUUCCCAAAACUUGACAAGUGAUAAUGAUCCUGCUUCACUUCAGCUGCUGUUUCCUUUAUCAUUACAAAAAUCUUAAUAUAAUACUAGUUCAGAAUCAGACAACAGUUGAAGUUGAUUCACAUACAUUUUUGCUUGAAUAUAGUUUUACUGAUGAUUACACCAACUGUAAAAGAUACAUCUGAAUUCAGUCUAUUGAUAUUACAGAUCACUUUUCCUUAAUUUUUUUAAGUGGUGAAAAGAGACGCAUUCUUUAUCUUCAGAAAGAUCUAUCAUUGCUUGUAGCAGGUAAUAAACAAUAAUUUUUCUACAAAACAAAAGGCCCACAUAUUUAGUUAAUAGAAAACAUUACAUAUUUAAAUAAGCUUUGAAACAUGUUAGCAUUUAUAAGAUUGAGUCACAACUCAAGAUAAAACUGAAAACUAUUUAAGAAACUCAAUUCUUUAACAUAAUUAGAAGAGCUACGAAAAAUAUAUAAACACUGAAUUGAAGUAUACUAGCAAUAUUUAUGGAUAAAAGAAUGUGUGACAGGACAUCCAGAAGAAUACUAUUCCAUACUGGCAACUCUCAGAGCUUUAACCUCCCCUCCACAAAUUGCUUUUUAUACCCAAUGCAAUUAAUGUUAUUUCAGACAUUUUCUUCUCAAUUCUCAUCAAUAAAACUAUGCUAAUAUACUGAUGCAGGCUCUCACAGCCAGUGUUAAUCUAAUAGUGAUGACCUUCCAGAGUAAUAGGUUAUGGUCUAAUUAGAUCUGAGAAAUGUGCUACAAAGCAGAUUGCUGUCACCUCAGAAAAUGCCAGCCACAACUGCUGAUGAAAUGUCAGGAUAUCAGGUACUGUAAUUAGAUGACACCUAUUAGCCCAGAAGCUUAUCAUCACUGGAAAGAUAUACAGGUAAUCUGCAAUUUAUGACCAUUUGUUUAGUGACCAUUUGAAGUUACAAUGGCACUAAAUGAAUGGCUAUGACCAGUCGUCAGAGUUUUGGCCAUCCCAGCACCCUUAUUGUCAUGUGAUCAUGAGCUGGGCACUUGGCACUUGGUUCACAUUUAUAACUGGUUGCAGCAUCUGACGAUCACAUGAUCACCAUUUGCUACCUUCCCUGCUAGCAUCCUCAAAAAAUCAAUGGGGAAGUCACUGUGGAAAGUCUCUCUCCCCCACGCACCCUCCUCCAGCCCCAUGCCCUCAAUGCUAUGCUGGCCACUUGUGCACCCUCCCUCAUCUGUAUCCUUGUGUAUCCUCUCUGACCCCUUUCCCCACAAGCAUCUUCCUGACCCUUGCUGCACCCCUGCACUGUCUCUCUCUCUUAGCGAUGGGAAUUCCAGGCUCUAUUGCUGUCAUAAAUCAAGAUUACCUGUAUUAGUAAAGUUCAGACAGGCAUUUUUAAUCACAUGUAGUUUGUGUAUUUAUAACCACUAUGUGUAUGAUUGCAGAGUUAUGGAAUUAUAAGCAAUAACUCAAUCUAAACAGUUCAUAUAACAGUUCAUAUAAUAAAAAAAUAUAUGAAAAAAACGUUCUUAAGCUUACAGAAAUCCAUAUAAAAACAUGACAGGAAAAAAUUAUAGCUGUGUUAUGCAGAAAAAAUUACAGCUGCGUUAUUUUGCAAAUCGGAAACACAGCAUCACUUUACCCGCUGUUAAAGAAGCAUGCUUUUUACAAACUUGAGCAGCUGCUACUGAAACUCUUCCUUGUCUGUCUCCCCACCCAUACACAUACAUAUGUACUAUAUACAGUUCUACUUUCACAAUAAAACCCAUCCCCAAUAUUUCAGUGGGAAAAAGUUUGGAAGGACCUAAUAUCUCUAGUUUCAUUUUGGCAUAUACUUUUGCACAUCAUCACUUUAAAUUUACAACAGGUUAGAAAAUCAUGAACACCUAUCCGUUACGUUAUGUAUUAAUUCUAAAGCCUUCAGACAUCUAUGGCCUCAUUCCAUUCAUUUACAGUUUAUUUUUAUAACUAAAGGACAAUAGUUUUUAAUACCUUGAAAUAUACAAAAUGCACUUUGCUUAGAUUUUGUAUGCAGGUUAUUCUUGGACAAGAAGUAUAUUUGUAUUAUAUAUUUAGACUUCUUCCCAUUUAUUCAUAAAAUAAUAUAGUAAGUAGCAGCAAUUAUCAUUUGUGAUAGAAAUGUGGUUCUUCCCUAAACUACCAGAGAUAACUAAUCUGGUAAGAAAUUAUUUGCAUCAUCAUUUUAUCAUCAUUGUGACUAAGAAUGGAUACCUAUGCUGCAACUUCACUAUACAAUAAAUCUGUACUACUAAUUUAAAUGUCAGUAAAAAUAUUUCUACAAACUCAGUUUUAAAUUUAAAUACUUACUGACUUUUCCAGUACAAUAGGAUGAUCAGGAAGAAAUUCUGGCUUCUUUUGGGCAAGUGAAACCCCUGAAAGUUUCAGAAGGAAAUCUCUGCUAUAUGUUAUUCUUUCUGCCAACACAAAAUUUAUUAAUGAAAAGUGAUAGGAACACUGAUAUACAAAUCAGGCAUCUUCUAAUGAAAAUCAGUAACUAGAUUUUUUUUUGCAAACAAUUUUACAGAGGAAUUUUAGUUAGCAAAUCUGUUUCCUUAUUACUAAAAAUAACAAAGUAUGGUUCUGGAUGUUUAUAUACAGUAACUAUCAUUUGAAUUACCGGCAUGAUUAUCAUUCUAUACUAAAUGUUAUAGUAAUUUAUACAGAGUUUUAAAGUUCAGUGUCUAGUGUUAUAAAAGAGAUUGGAUUGACAUGCAAUCAUUACGUGGCUUAUCCCUUGAGCUUCUGAAAUAUAAAUACCACCUUUGCUGUAAGCAUGGUAUGCUAAAUGAAUUCUUGAAUACAAAUUCAUUUAAGCUCACAGAUAAAUUUCAAAUAUUGAAUUGAAAUUGAAAAUUAAUAGAAAAGUCUAAGCCGAAAAUCUGAAAUAUAUUUUGUGUAUUUUUUCAUGAUAA